ACACGUCAUUCAUUGAUCAACAAUUCAACAUUGUUCAUAAAUAAAUACUUGAAAUGAUUGCACCAGCUUAAAAUGAUAAUAAAAAUAAAUAUCAAUAUCAUAUUGUUUUAAUUUAAAAAAAAAAUAAAAAUGGAAACAUUGUAUCAUCAAACAAAUAAAUUGGUCCAGGAAACACAAUAUUUGUGUACCCAGCUGGACAAAAGAGGAGUAAAUUAUGAUCAAGAUGCAAUUGAAAAUGACAUAUUGUCAAAGAUCAAUCAAAUAAACAGCAAUUGUGAAAAAUUGGACAUUUAUUGUAUGAAAGGACCAAUAACCCAAAGACAAAAUGCAAAAAUGCGUGUUGAUCAAUUAAAAUAUGACAGUCGUCAUUUAACAUCAGCAUUUAACACCUGGAAAAAUCAAAAAUUACGUCAAAAACAAGCUGAAGAUGAACGUGAAGCUUUAUUAUCACAAAAAUUUACAACUAACGAUCAUGUUGACAUAAUGAUUGAUCAUAAUUAUCAGCACAAUAAUCAAGUUAAAAAUGCCAACCAAGGUAUUGAUAAUUUACUUCAACAUGGUUCAAAUAUUAUUGAAAAUUUAAGAUCACAACGUAUGACAUUAAAAGGUGCUAAAAAACGUAUUAUUGAUAUUGGUAACACAUUGGGUUUAUCAAAUACAACAAUGAGAUUAAUUGAAAAUCGUGGACAUCAAGAUGGUUAUAUAUUAAUUAUUGGUAUAAUUAUAACAUUAUUAAUAAUGAUACUUGUAUUUAUCUAUCUUACGUAA